GCCGGGCUAGCUCAGGGUGCCCAGGGCUGGGUCCGACCCAAUGCCCGCAGUCCGCACAAUUAGAAUAUACCGAAUUAAUCGGACGUCUCAGACUAAACUACAAGUGUCAGCACUAACAAUACAAAAAGGUAAACAAACACGACAAUUAAGCUGCUGGGUUGAAUUUGUGGCUUGGCUGGUUCCGCCACUACGCGCCCACCCAUCCAGUGAUGCCUCCUCCACCUUUCGGGGCAUCACCCAUCUCCGGCACGCCGGAGCUUACUCCACGCGGUCUAGCGACUGGCCCAUCUCCCCCCAGAUUUACAAAUAUGGUUUAGGCGCCAACUCGUCCACGGCGAGAAUGUGGCCUCAGCCAGGGAUGCGCUUGCACCAAGGCUGCCCUUUAUUGGGGACCGACAACGUUGGCGGAGGAGAAGCUCUUCGUCCACAAAUUGGCCACGAUUGGCUAACCAGAAAUUUCCCUCGUUCACCUACUAUCCCUACUGGAGCUCCAUAAGAAAUAGUCUAGGGUCGGGGUUCAAACACAACUGAGGACUUGCUAAGGGCUUCUUCCCCUUUCCCCUAUUGGUCGCAGCGCAUGGGUUGCACCAAUCCCGGACCUAGGAUACGAUCAAUCCGGAGGGCGAGAACAACACUCUAAUACCUCACAUCGAACACCAACUAACAAUAACACUAAUGUCUUACACCUAACAACAACUAACACUAACACUAAUGUCUUACACCUAACAACAACUAACACUAACACUAAUGUCUUACACCUAA